GACGUGGCCAGCACAGGGGCCGGCACCAGGGGGCUAGCGAAGCAGCUGUCACGAUGCUGGGGUCCCUGGUGUUAAGGAAAACAGCGCCUGCGCCGCGGCUCCUCCUCCAGCUGCUUAGGUCCCCAUCGCUUCGGAGUACCACUGGCCGGAGUGUGACCACCGGGGGCCGCGGGGAGCCUCAGUGGUUGAGGGCGGCCGUCGGAGGGCGGCAUGGAACGUCGCCCGCCUUACUCGCCGAAGGAGGGGCAGCCACCGGGGGGCGCCAGAGAGGAAGUACCGAGACCCCGUGCCUCGCAGCCUCCACGUGGGGACGCCUUCCUAGCCCCGAAGACCCACUGCCUGGGCAGGACAGCUGGAACCAGGUCCUCAACAGGGCCGGAUUAGGCGUGUGGGCCCUGGCCUCGGCGCUGGUGGCUCACUGUUACAGCAAGAGCCCGACCAACAAGGAUGCAGCCCUGGUGGAAGCGGCUCGAGCCAACAAUGUCCAGGAAGUCCGCAGGCUGUUGUCACAAGGUGCGGAUGUCAAUGCGAGGCACAAACUUGGCUGGACAGCGCUCAUGGUGGCAGCCAUCAGCCGACACGACAGCGUGGUGCAGGUCCUGCUUGCUGCCGGUGCGGACCCGAACCUCGGGGAUGAUUUCAGCAGUGUUUACAAGACCGCCAAGGAGCAGGGGGUCCACUCUUUAGAAGUCCUGGUCACUCGUGAGGAUGACUUCAACAACCGGCUGAACAACCGCGCGAGCUUCAAGGGCUGCACAGCGCUGCACUAUGCCGCCCUUGCCGACGACUACCGCACCGUCAAGGAGCUGCUGGAUGGAGGAGCCAAUCCCCUGCAGAGGAAUGAAAUGGGACACACACCCUUGGAUUAUGCUCGAGAAGGGGAAGUGAUGAAGCUUUUAAGGACCUCUGAGGCCAAGUACCAGGAGAAGCAGCGCAAGCGCGAGGCUGAGGAGCGGCGCCGCUUUCCCCUGGAGCAGCGGCUGAAGGAGCACAUCAUUGGCCAGGAGAGCGCCAUCGCCGCCGUGGGGGCCGCGAUCCGGAGGAAGGAGAACGGCUGGUAUGACGAAGAGCACCCUCUGGUCUUCCUCUUCCUGGGAUCGUCGGGAAUAGGAAAAACGGAGCUGGCCAAGCAGACAGCCAGAUACAUGCACAAAGAUGCCAAGAAGGGUUUCAUCAGGCUGGACAUGUCCGAGUUCCAGGAGCGGCAUGAGGUGGCCAAGUUUAUAGGGUCCCCACCAGGCUACGUUGGCCACGAGGAGGGUGGCCAGCUGACCAAGAAGCUGAAGCAGUGCCCCAACGCCGUGGUGCUCUUCGAUGAGGUGGACAAAGCCCAUCCAGAUGUGCUGACCAUAAUGCUGCAGCUGUUUGACGAGGGCCGGCUGACCGACGGCAAAGGGAAGACCAUCGACUGCAAGGACGCCAUCUUCAUCAUGACCUCCAACGUGGCCAGCGACGAGAUAGCGCAGCACGCGCUGCAGCUGAGGCAGGAGGCUCUGGAGAUGAGCCGUAACCGGAUCGCCGAGAACCUCGGGGACGUCCAGAGUGGUGACAAGAUCACCAUCUCAAAGAACUUCAAGGAGAACGUCAUCCGCCCCAUCCUGAAAGCUCACUUCCGGAGAGAUGAGUUUCUGGGACGAAUCAAUGAAAUCGUCUACUUUCUCCCCUUCUGCCACUCGGAGCUCAUCCAGCUCGUCAACAAGGAGCUGAACUUCUGGGCCAAGAGAGUAAGAGCGGGGACUGCCCGUGGGUGGGGGCAAGACGUCUGCCCACUGGAAGUCAGGGAACGCUGGGCCGGGAGCCGUGGGGCCACAGUCCCUCACUGGCCAGGCCUCGGCCCGAGCGCUGAGCCGUGGACAGCCCCGGGCCGCAUGCACGUGCUUCUGUCCGCCCCGUCUCAGGCCAAGCAGAGGCACAACAUCACGCUGCUGUGGGACCGCGAGGUGGCGGACGUGCUGGUCGACGGCUACAACGUGCACUACGGCGCCCGCUCCAUUAAGCACGAGGUGGAGCGCCGGGUGGUGAACCAGCUGGCGGCCGCCUACGAGCAAGACCUGCUGCCGGAGGGCUGCUGCCUGCGCAUCUCCGUGGAGGAUUCGGACGCGCAGCUGCUCACGGGGCCCGAGCUGCCCCCGCCCGGGGCUGAGAAGCGUCCGCCCAAGCUGCGGCUGGAGAUCAUUGAUAAGGACAGCAAGAGCCACAAACUGGACAUCCGGGCACCGCUGCACCCGGAGAAGGUGUGCCACACCCUCUAGCGCCCACCCACCCGGCUGACCUGCCCUGGCACCCAAUAAAGCCCCCUCGGCCGUGGCGUGGCAACCCAGCUACCUGCCCCUCGUGCCUCGUGUCCAGCCCAAGGCCUCUUCCCUCCGCACAGCCCCUGAGGGGCCCUGCUCGGCCCCAGAGUCAAACGCAGGGCCUUUGCCCUCCCCUGACGCCUUCGGUGUGGGCCCCCGUGUGCUGACAGGUUUCUGGGAGGGGACCUGCCCCUCCGUCCCCUCAGGCAGCGGGAAGAGGGAGGCCCCUGUGUCUGUCCUUCAGCCCCAGGCCCCUUGUUCUCUGGAACCUUGUCAUCUUUCUCGGAAGCUCAGAGCACGGCAGCCAGGAACAGAGCUGCCUGAAAGAACCCAGGACCGGCUGGGACAGGGCCCCUGCCGGCCCCACAGUGUCUCCACUGGGAGCAGAGUGCAGAGGCGCGGGCGCCAAGUUCUGCGUUUAGGCCGCAGCUUCCUCUGCCGGGCCCGAGAAUCCCAAGGGCGAGACUCAGAGAAACCAGCCAUUUCUGCGUCGUAGCUGCUGUCCCCCCGACCCCGUGUCCUGGGGUCAGGCCAGACCGUGUCUCUCCAGCCCUGGAACUAGGCCAGCAUAGGGCGCCUUGAGGAGGAAGGCGGACUGGGCACUGUCCUGCCCCUCAGUGGGACUGGGCAGGCGUACCAGGUGGCCAGGGGAGGGGAAGCUGUCGGAGGAGGUCACGGUCGGGGCGCUGCCUGGAUGGCCAUGGCGUCUGCCUGGGCCCCGUCUCUCCUGUGGGCCCAGCUGUGUGAACCUGGAACCAGCAGCUCCCCGCUGCAGUCUGCGUGUGAGCCCCUAAGCAGAGGCACCGCACCACCGCCAGGGCCUUCGCAGAGCAGACGUGUUUGAGCCUCAGCCCAGCAGGCCCAGCAGGGCUCGGCCCAUCCUUGGGCCCCAUCGUGGGCCACCAUUGAUAGCCACGCUGUCACCCUCCCCUGCAGGGCCAUUUGGAAUCCUCCUGGGGGUUAGCAAGUCUCUCAGAAAGCAGGCAAUGGGGGCCUUUCCCUUGGGUGAUGGAAGGACGUCAUGACAAGAAGGUACGAGGCCGCGAGCAGCCAGAGCUGCUCCCGCAGUCACCGUCCCGCCGCGAGGAGUUGUCCGCUGCUCAUACCUCAGUGACUGCUAGUCUUUUUUGUUGUUAUUUUUUUUUACUUAUUCUGAAAUAAUUUUAGACUUACAGGAAGUUGCAGAAAUAGUAGGCUUCCCAUGCAGCCUUCACCUAGCUUCUCUUAACAUCUAAAAAGAAUAUUAAAUAGGAUUAUUCAAAGCAGGAAGUUCACCUGAUACAGCGCUGCUGCUAACGUGUAGCCAGUCAGCUGUGGCCGUUCUCCCUUCUCGUGUGCGUUUCCUGGUCCAGGAUCCAGUCUGAGAGCCUGUGUCGCAUUGUGUCGUUUCCUUCAUCUCCUUCAGCCUGUGGCAGGACCUCUGGCUUUCCUUGCCUUGUGUGACCUUGACACUUGUAAAAUGUCCAGGUUGGUUAUUCUGUAGACUGUCCCUUAGGGUGGGUUCGUCUGCUGCUCUCCUGUGAUCGAUUGAGGUGUCCCUUUGGGCAGGGCCAGCCCGCAAACGGCGAGCUGUGCCCCUCCUCGUGCCUCACAGCAGGGAGCACCCAGGUAGGGUUGUGCGUGCCACUGCUCCACCGUGAGAGUUCUGCUUUCCCCUCCGAAGUUAGUAAGAAGCUCGUGGGGAAAGAGAAGCUGUUCAGAUGUCUUGGCCUUAGAAUUUUGCCCACCGAUUUUAGCAUCCAUCACUGGUUCUUGCUUAGAACAAGCAUUGUUGUAUUUGCCUGAUGAUGACUUUCUGUUUUCUUAGUGCAUCUACAUUCAUCCGUUGGUAUUCUCCUACAAGGAACAGUGGUCUCUUUUCUCCUGUUUAUUUAUUUAAUAAUUUAUGUCAGUAUAGACUGACGGAUAUUUUUCUUUUAGUCUAUGGGUUAUAAUCUAAUACUGACAGAGUAUAUGUUGUUGCUUACAUUGGCCUAGAUUUGGCCACUGGAAACGCUUAGGGUGGUUUUUGCGUUGUUGCGGCCUUGCCCCAUCAUCUUUUUCAGUGUUUCCAUACUUUCUGGCAUCACAAGGUGCUCUAAGCUCACUCAUGCUUUUCUUGUCCCAGCUCGACGUGAGCCAUUCCUCUGACGGCUCCUGCUCUUUUCGUUUGAGGCUGGUACUUAGAAACCAAGGUGGCGUAUUCAUGGCUGCUGGAGUGUCGUUGCUUCUAGGCCCUUUCCACGCACGUUGCCAGGAGAUCCGUCUGUGUAUGUGAACACAUGCGUCGCACGCAAUUGAACGGAUUACUGUAUCUGUCCAUCUGCAUGUUAUUAAAACCCAUGCGUCCGUACUGAUGCCUGCAGGUCUAAUCCAAAACCGCAGCGUUCAUGACCUGCCGGUACUGUUAAGACUAUGCUGUUCUUAUUCUGCUUCUUCCUCUCCUGAUCUCUCUGUUUUUAAUCCUUUCCCUUUUUUUUGUUUUGUUUUGUUCAGACUUCCCUUAGAGACGCUAAGUCAGCCAGUGACCCUGCUGUAUGGAACAUUCCUAUCGAAUAAAAUCCUCAUGCCUGCCUGUCCGUUCCCUCGUUCAUUCAGCCGCGGCCAGGAGCAGUGGGCGUAUAACUCAACACCAGAUAACUUUCAGACAGGAAAACCUAAUGGCCACCCUUCUGAGCGAAGGGAAGGGGACGGGUAGACGCUCAGAUUCCGAGGGACCUGAGAACCCCUGCGCGGGAUUCUUAGCUCGCUAGACCUCCUGGGCGAUGGGGGACCCCCACCGUACACUUCCGUAGCGUCCUAGGCAGUGCUCAGCCCACUUGCAGGACUUGUUCUGUGUCUGUCUGUCUCAGUGGAGGUAAGAGCCAAGAGGCAGAUAGCAGUUGCUGCGCUCACUAUCCUGAUCAGAGAAGCUACCUGCACGGAGCCACCCCGAGCCGGCCUCCUCAGGUACUGGGUGGGUGAGUGGGCUCUGCAGCAGGCACAGGGCUUCAGGGUGAGUCCGGGGAAGAGCAGCGUCGUUUGUUCACUGAGUACACGUUUGCUUUGUGCUUCUGGCCGGGCAGCAGGACCCAGCAGACCCUGAGCGGGUGAGGCAAAGGCCCCGCAUUCCUUCCCGAGUAUCCAGAAUUGCUUGAGGCUAGACCUGGAAAUGAAAAUAUAACAUCUUCGUUGUUCAAAGGAAAAACUCAAAGAUGUAUACGAUUGUUUUAUAAAGUAAAAAAAAAAAAAAA